CGACUACAGCUUACGCCUGUCCUGAUAUUCGAAGUAUUUAUAUAACACACAAAGAUUCUACGCUCCCUGGGGUCAUAGAUUCGACUCCUUAUCGCCUUAACGGAGAGAACGAUCCAAUCCUGACCAUUCUUGGGUACAUUAAUGACAUCCUGCGGCCCACGAACGAUUUGAGUAGAGAAACCUGCCCAAUUUACACCUCGGCCUUCUGAUGCUGUCGAGAAGUUCCCUGAAUAUCUAUCUAUAACGAAAAGGCGCAUCGGAUAUUCGGAAACUGUCGCCACUCGAAUACUAGUUGCGGCUUCACGCAUCCACUCACGACAUGUCGCAACUACGACUUACGGUCGAGAAUGGUGAAUUUCGGGACUCCCACGGCAGACAAAUAACUAUACGCGGAAUCAACCUUGCUGGCGAUGCAAAAUAUCCAAGCAAACCCGAGCAACCAUCCCAUAUAUCAGCGGACUUUUUCGACGGGGACAAUGUCGAAUUUCAUGAACGCCCAUUCCCGCUCGAAGACGCACACAUCCACUUCUCCCGCUUGAAACGCUGGGGUUACAAUACUAUUAGAUAUGUCUUUACCUGGGAGGCAAUAGAACACGCGGGGCCCGGCAUAUACGACGAAGAGUGGAUUCAGCACACCAUCUCAGUGUUACGAGCAGCAAGGGAAUAUGGAUUCUACAUCUUUAUGGACCCCCACCAGGACGUCUGGUCUCGCUUUUCUGGGGGCUCUGGAGCGCCUAUGUGGACGUUAUACGCUGCCGGCUUAAACCCAGAGGCUUUUGUUGCCACAGAAGCUGCCCUGGUUCACUGCAUGUAUCCAGAACCAGAGAAAUUCCCAAAGAUGAUUUGGUCAACCAACUAUACAAGGUUGGCCUGCCAAGUCAUGUUUACCCUCUUCUUCGGCGGGAAGGACUUUGCACCCAAAUGUAUUAUUGACGGCAUCAAUAUUCAAGACUACCUACAGAAUCAUUUCUGUGGUGCACUGGGCCACCUGGCACAGAAGAUCCAUGAGGCCGGCGACCUAGAAAAUGAUAUUGUCAUAGGAUGGGAAAGUAUGAAUGAGCCUAGUAGAGGGCUGAUUGGAUUUAAUGACCUCUCCGCCAUACCAAGUGAGCAGAAGCUUCAGAAGGGUACAUCGCCUACCGCAUGGCAAGCGAUCCAGUUGGGAUCUGGAAGGGCAUGUGAGAUUGAUUUGUGGGAUAUCGGUGGAAUGGGGCCAUAUAAAUCCGGGCGAGCAUUAGUUGAUCCAGAAGGGGAAUCCGCGUGGCUUGAUGCCGACUAUGAUGAUUCUAGGUACGGUUGGAAGCGGGAACCUGGAUGGAAACUAGGGGAAUGUAUUUGGGCACAGCACGGCGUUUGGGAUCCAAAACUCGACGUCCUACUCAAGAAGGACUAUUUCAAGACGAAUCCUCGAACUGGAGAGGUUCUUGGAAAUUAUGAGAGCUUUACCAAUACCUAUUUUAUGGAUUAUUACAGAAAGAAUAGGGACACCAUACGAGCAAUCCACGGGGAUUCCAUUUUGUUCUGCCAGCCACCAACUCUUGAAAUCCCACCAACUAUCAAGGGAACUGUGGAUGACGACCCAAAAAUGGUUUACGCUCCUCAUUACUAUGAUGGUAUCACGUUGAUGACGAAGAAAUGGAAUCGCUUCUGGAACGUUGAUGUUUUGGGAAUUCUCCGCGGCCGGUACCUUAGCCCAGCCUUUGCAAUCAAAGUUGGCGAGACAGCAAUCCGCAACUGUUUCAGGGAUCAAAUGUCAGCCAUGAAGAAGGAGGGUUUAGAUAAUAUGGGCAAUCACCCAUGUGUCAUGACCGAAUUCGGCAUCCCUUACGAUAUGGAUGAUAAGUAUGCGUAUAAAACAGGUGACUACUCGAGCCAGUCGGGUGCAUUGGAUGCGAAUCACUACGCUAUAGAGGGAAGUAUGAUGGCUGGCUAUACCCUAUGGGUAUACAUGUGCAAUAACACACAUGCCCUCGGCGACCAAUGGAACGGCGAAGAUUUCUCCAUCUUCUCCCUGGAUGACCGUCUCCUCCCUCAAUCCGCCCUCCCCGUCUCCGCCUCCAAUACCUCCAUUGCUAACGCAUCCUCUGCUACCCUCGGCGACUCAUAUAUCAACUCCCGGAACCUAAAAGACAACUUAAAGACACCAUCAAUUUCCUCCGUUCCCUCAAACGCCCCUGAACUCACUGCUGCGCCCGGCUACCGCGCCGCAGAAGCCUACGUCCGACCCUCCCCCAUCGCCACAGCCGGAAAGCUUCUUCAGUCGGGCUUCGACCUGCGGAACUACACCUUCACUAUGCGCCUUUCUGCCGACAGUGCGACGGCAGACGAUAAGCCAACCGAAGUUCUCCUGCCCGAAUUCCACUUCCCGAGCGAUAAGUGCGUGGUCGAGGUGAGCGGAGGAAAGUGGAGUAUCUGCCAUUUCGACGAGGAUGGUGGGAUGACGCAGAAGCUGAAGUGGUGGCACAAUGAGGGUGUGCAGUGGCUGAAGGUCGUUGGCGUGCGGAAUAUUAUACAGGGCGCGGGACCGAGCGGUGGCGAGGAGGAGAUGGGCUAUUUUUCCCAGUGCCAGCAGGCUGUUUAUGGGUCUAAGUGUUCUGUGAUGUGAUCGGGGUAUUGACCAGAAGGAUAGGUCUGGCACACGAAAUGUAUAUAUGAGUUUAGUGUGCAGAUGGAUAGAGUACUGUUGGCCCCUGUCUGCCUUGUUUUGGAGCCGCUACACUAUAGAAUGUAAGUGGCUCCCAUAACGAAAUUAACGAACAUUCGCUCUUUACGUAGCUUAGUCGUCACUAUAGCAUUUAGUAGCCAGUAAUUCACAUAUUUCACG